AUGACGGAAAAUGUACAACGGGCAGAGCCGGAGCAAUUGGCAACGUUAAUCGAAGUAAUGAGAUCACUAAAGACCUCAAUAGAUGAAAUUCGACACAACAGUGAGGAGCAACAGAGGGAUCUCAAUAAUCUUCGUCAGCAAAUACUAGCAGACGUAUUGCCGUUGCAGACUCGAGAGAAUCCCACGCCACCAGUGAACAACAGUGAAACCAGAGUAAUGGAAACGGCGCCGCUAAAAUUAUAUGAUCUACCCACGUUUUCCGGAAGCGCCGAAGAUUGGCCUCUGUUCUAUGCCAACUUCAAAGACAGCACAGAAGUCUUCAACUAUAACAAUAGGCAAAAUUUAAUGCGGUUGCACAAGUGUUUAGUGGGUGCAGCCAAAGAAGCCGUAGCAUCAAUGAUCUAUCCAGAGGGUGUUCAACAAGCAAUGGAAGACUGGAAUUUAGAUUCGUGUGAGCAGCAUCUCAACAAUCCGUUGUUGCUGGAACAAGUGGUUAGUAAAUUGCCAGCAAGUAAGCAGUAUGAGUGGGCACGUCAAGCCAUGACCAUUAAGCCUUACCCAACAAUCAACGACUUCGCGAUUUGGUUAACUGAGUUAGCUCGAGUCGUUACUACAAUAUCAACAACGUCAACUUCGAUUACAAAAGCUAAUGCUCAACCGCCACGACGAGUUAUGCAUGUCAACGAGAACACUACUGAGAAGCCGAUGGAAUGUUAUUGUUGCGAUAGGGCUCAUGCGAUGGCCAACUGUCAGAGGUUCCAUCAUUCUCUUAGUGUGAAAGAUCGGUGGGAUAUAAUCAAGAAAGAGAAGUUAUGCUUUGCUUGCCUACGCAAAGGUCAUAAUGUAUCAAGCUGUCGCUCGAAGAAACCAUGUGGGGUUGGUGAAUGUCGACGUUUCCAUCAUGCCAGCCUACAUGAGGUUAGGGUGGAACCAACGCCACCAAGUGAAUCAGCACAGCCAGUUUUAAAUUGCUCGACACCCAACGUGAACUCUAGCCACCUAUUUAAAGUGUUGCCGGUCAAUGUGUAUGGGCCAAAUGGGAAGCUUGAAAUUUUUGCCAUGGUCGAUGAGGGAUCGACCAUAUCAAUGAUAGACGAAGGUGUGGCGAACAAAUUGGGGCUGAAGGGACAGGCACACACCUUAACCCUUCAGUGGUACGACGAAAGAAUUAAGACUGAACAGUCACGCAAGGUUAACGUAAAAAUAGAAAAUCGUAGUGACAAGGAGAGGUUCACUAUGAAAAAUGUACACACGGUGAAGCAGUUGAAUUUGCCGACACAGUCUUUUAAGAGAUCCGAAUUUAGUUAUUUUGAUUCGUUACCGAUCGAAGAGUACAUCAACGUACAACCAGCUAUGCUUCUCGGCUUGGACAACGCGCAUUUGACGGCCACGAUGGCUACGGUUCAGGCGAGAGAAGACAGUCCAUUAGCCAUAAAAACAAAACUGGGGUGGAUUGCCUACGGUCCUACCAAAUUUUCAUGCACGCCAUUGUCAGUAGUUUUGCUUAUCCACGAAAUUAAUCCGUCAAAAGAGUUGCAUCAAUUAGUUGAUGAGUAUUUCGCCACUGAUAAAUUCGGAACGGGGCCAGUUCAACUGUCAAUUGAAAGUGAAGAUGUCAAGCGAGCUCGAAAUAUUAUGCAAACUACGACAAGGUUGGGCGAUAGGGCUUACGAAACGGGUUUGUUGUGGAGUCGGGAUACAAUAAAUUUGCCUGAAAGUUACGAAGCUGCCGUGAAACGCCUAUAUGGAAUUGAAAGAAAGAUGAAAGGUGAUACGGAGUUUGCACAAAAAUACCGACAAGAGAUGGAAAAAUAUUUCGAUAAAGGGUAUGCUAAAGUUUUGUCAGCCGAGGAGAUAGCCGAUACCAGCCAGCCAAUGUGGUACCUUCCUCAUUUUGCCGUGCAGAGUCCGUACAAACCAGACAAAUUGAGAAUCGUCUUCGAUGCUGCCGCAAAGGUCCAAAACACUUCGUUGAAUUCCUGUCUUCUAAAAGGGCCUGAACAAGCAAAGUCGCUUCAAAACAUUUUGUUCCGGUUUCGUCAGGGCGCUAUUGGUGUGGCCGCUGAUAUUAAAGAAAUGUUUUCGCGAGUUAAGAUCCGUAAGGAAGACCAAAAUGCGCAGCGAUUUUUAUGGCGUAGAGACUCGAGCCUAGCUAUACAACAGUGUUGCAUGACGUCGAUGAUUUUCGGAGCCGCAUGUUCGCCCUGUUGUGCAGAGUUUAUCAAGAACCACAACGCUCUUCGAUUUGAGAAACAGUUUCCGGAGGCGGUAAGCGCAAUUGUCGAGAGACAUUAUGUCGAUGACUUUGUAUGCAGUUUUGAUGAUCCCGAACUAGCCAUCAGAACUUGUCGUGAAGUCGUCUCCAUACAUGCGGAGGCCGGAUUUGAAUUACGGAAUGAAGGGUGCCGCAAAAUAUGA